GAAGUAGCGUAAACAGAAGCAGCUGCAACGCUCGAGUGGCCAGAGCCGCUCCUGCUGCCGACGCUGCCAUGGCCGAGCAGGUGCCUCCGGUGUCUCCCGCGGAGGUCGAGGCGGAGCGGCGCGUGCGGGCGUGGGCGGAGACGCAGCGGGCGCGGGGUCGUCACGUGGCGCUGGUGACGUCGGGCGGGACGCAGGUCCCGCUGGAGACGCGAUCCGUCCGCUUCCUAGAGAACUUCAGCAGCGGGCGGCGCGGGGCGGCCUCGGCCGAGAGGCUGGUGCGCGCCGGCUACGGUGUCUGCUUCCUCUACCGCACAAGAUCGGCUUUUCCCUGGGCACGCGCCAUGCAGCUCAGCGGGCCCACGCUCCUGGACGUUCUGCGCGUGCACGAUUGUGGCGCAGGCGGGCAGCGCGUCGUGGUCGACUGCAGCGGCAGCGCGCUGCAAAACCUCGUGCCCGCGCUGCUGGCUUACCAACGCGCCAAGGAGGAAGGCGCCCUCUUGGUCCUCGAAUUUACCGGCCUAGUGGAGUACUUGGCGCUCCUGCGCGCUGCUGCCCGGGCCCUCGCACCGCUCGGUUCUAGUGCCAUGUUUUACUUGGCAGCAGCUGUGUCUGAUUUCUACAUCCCAGCUUCAGAGAUGCCUGAGCAUAAGAUCCAGUCUGCUGAUGGACCCCUACAGAUCACAAUGAAGAUGGUGCCAAAGAUGUUAUCCCCUCUGGUUAAGGAAUGGGCUCCAGAGGCGUUUGUGAUCUCAUUCAAGCUAGAAACAAACCCUUCCAUCCUGAUUGACAAAGCAAAACAGGCACUGGAGAAAUACCGCCACCACGUGGUGGUUGCUAAUGUGCUGGACUCCCGGAGAACCUCCGUGAUUGUGGUCACCAAGGAUUUGGAGACACAGUUGUCACUUUCUGAUGACGAAGUGGCCCAAGGCAUGGAAAUCGAAGAGAAGAUUGUCAGCUAUCUUCAGUCCCAGCACAGGGCUUUUAUGGAGAAAUGACUUCUCCCGAAUAAAAGUGACUUCUUUGAUUCCUCAGAACAGAAUAGACAAAUGGUUAAGAGGUUUUUAUUACUGCUAAAUCGUGUCAAAACUUUAUUACAAUGGCGUAUAGGAUCAAAAGGGUGAAAUUCUGACAUAAUUUUGGCUAUUUUUGCACAACACACGUUUGCUGCUUGUUAGAAAUAUAUACCAUAUAAAUCUAAACAUUCCUAAGUCA